AUGGAGCUGUUGGAGGAUGUCAAGCUGAGUGUGACAGUGUGGACUGAGUGUCCAGGGGCUGCACCCACUGUCCCUGCCCUGGGCACCCUUCUCCUGCUGAGCGGCUUCUGGAUCAAACAGUGGGAUUCAGGCACAGUCCUGCAGUUCAGCCUGGUCCUGGGAGGUGUCCUGAUCAUCCCCAUUGCUCCACUCAGGCUUUCCUACCUCAGCCUUGGCAACCAGUGGCCAUUUGGGAAGUUCCUCUGCCAGUUUACUUUCCUGCACUGCAGCAUCUAUUUCCUGAUGUUCAUCUGCAUCCACCAGUACUUUGGUGUUGUAUGGUACAAGAGCAAGUCCCUCUGCAAGAAUCUGGAAAACCUGUGCUUGUUCAUCUGGCUCAUCCUCUUUGUCCCAGGGUUGCCUUUCUUCUUCCUCCUCAAGACUUCAGUCCCAGGCUCAACAAAAUGCCUGGGUAUUCGUAUUUUCUUCUUCCACACCAUAGUUCUUGUUUUGCUCUCUUUCCUCCUGUCCUUUGCCAUUUCCCUGAUUUGUGGAGCUCUGUUGGGAGCUGCCACUGCUGCAGCAGCAGGGGAAGCUCCAGAGGCAGCAGAGGAAGAGCAGGUCUCUGCAGAUGAUUGCAGGUUUCUGCAGGUGAUUGCAGUGUCUCUGGUGGGUUUUGCCACCUGCUUUGGCUCCCUGCACAUCUGCAGGACCACUGGCAUCCUUGUGAAGUCCUGUGGCAUGUCUUGGCACCUCUUGCACAGAGGAGCAGUUGCCUCCAACAUCAUCAUGGCAAACACCUGCCUGGAUCCCCUGAUUUAUGUGUUUGCCAAUGUUUGCCAAAGCCAAGGGAACCUUUCUGACUCAUUUUGCAAAUGCUGGGCACCAAGUGAGUGUGAAAGGUCCAGGAACCACCCAGGACACUCCUGGGAGAUCCCAUGGGGUGGCUGCUGGAGAUCCAGACCCUGAACUUCCUCCUCCUGUUCUGUCCCAGGUUCCCAGAACUAAAGUAGCAGCACUGCAGGAGUUCCAGGAUUUCUUUUUGUUCCUCCAGUGCUAUCAAGGGCUGUUCCCUUGGGCAGGGACUCCCUGGGCUGUAAGGAAGCUCCAGCUGGGCACCAGUCCUGCCACUACUGGUGGCUGGAUCUCCCAAAUGUGAGUUUUUUUACAGUGGCCAGACCUUGUUGGGUGCAAGGGGGAAG